AUGGCGAACAACAGAUUGCAAUACCGCAGACGGAACCCGUACAACACGAGGUCCAACAAGGUCCGCAUCGUCAAGACCCCCGGCGGCGAGCUUCGGUACCUCCACAUUAAGAAGAAGGGCACUGCCCCCAAGUGCGGUGACUGCGGCAUCAAGCUCCCAGGCGUUCCUGCCCUUCGUCCCCGGGAGUACUCUCAGAUCUCUCGCCCCAAGAAGAACGUCAGCCGUGCCUAUGGUGGCUCUCGCUGCGCUGGUUGCGUCAAGGACCGCGUCGUCCGGGCUUUCCUGAUCGAGGAGCAGAAGAUCGUCAAGAAGGUCCUCAAGGAGUCUCAAGAGAAGGCUGGAAAGCGCUAA